CUUAGAGAUGCCCUUAGCGCAUGUUCCACCCCUCGCAUUGAAAGUUUGAAACAUGGAUUUGGUAUCUUUCCAUGCUUAAAAUGAAGUCGCAGCUCGGCAGAGAACCGAGCCCCAACAACUGGCGACAUCUCCGGCUAGCUCUAACAGCUCAGUCCUCACUCAUGGCAGUGGAGAUCCUCGAGUCCUGCAUGGUGACGCCCAGCGAGGCGACGCCGAAGCACGCGGUGUGGCUCUCCAACCUCGACCUGCUGGUGGCCAGGGGCCACACGCCCACAGUCUACACCUACCGGCCAUGCUCCGACCCGGCCUUCUUCUCGCCGGACGUCCUCAAGGCCGCGCUGUCCAGGGCGCUCGUCCCGUUCUACCCACUCGCCGGCCGGCUCGCGCAGGACGACGCGGGACGCCCGGAGAUCAGCUGCAGCGGCGAGGGGGUCCUCUUCCUCACUGCGCGGGCGGACUCCACGCUCGACGUCCUCGGUGAUUUGGCCCCGUCCGACGAGCUGCGGCGGACGCUUGUCCCCUCGGCCGACGCCAGCGGCCUCGGCGGCAUCUUGGCUAUGUUUCAGUUGACGUCUUUCGAGUGCGGCGGGGUGUGCCUGGGCGCGGCCAUCCACCACACGGCGGCGGACGGGCUCGCGGCGCUCGAUUUCGUGAACGCCUGGGCUGCCAUCACGAGGGGCGACGCCGGCGUGCCCGCGGCGAGCCCCUGCCUCGACCGCACGCUCCUCCGCGCGCGCUCCCCUCCCUCCGUGCUCUUCGAUCACGCCGAGUACUCCCGGCGCGGCGGCGGCGAGUCGAAGCCCAGAGUCACUUUCGGCUCCGUCAUCCUCCCCAUGUCCAAGGACCAGAUCGACGCGCUCAAGGGCGGCGCCGGCCAGGGCAAGAGGCUCUCCACGUUCAAGGCCGUGGUUGCCCACGUGUGGCGGUGCGCGUGCAAGGCGCGCGGGCUCGCGGCAACGGAGGACACACGGCUGUACAUGACGGCCGACGCGCGCUCCCGCGUCCACCCGCCGCUCCCACGCGGCUACUUCGGCAACGCCAUCUUCCGCGCGUCGGCGGCGACCAAGGUCGGCGACGUCGCCUCCGGGCCGCUGGACGCCGUCGCGGAGAAGGUCACCGGCGCGACCGCCCGGCUGGACGACGAGUACGUGCGGUCGCUGCUGGACCACCUGGAGCUGCAGGCGGCGGACGCGUCGGGGCUGCGCAAGGGGGAGUGGGUCAUGCCGGAGACCGACCUGUGGGUGAUAAGCUGGCAGGGGCUGCCGAUCUACGGCGCCGACUUCGGCUGGGGGCGGCCGGCGUUCAUGGGCAGGGCCUGCCUCCAGUUCAGCGGCCUCGUGUACCUCGUGCCUGGCCCCGACGACGACGGCCGGCUGGACGUCGUGGUGGCCAUGGAGCCCGAGAGCCUGGCCAGGUUCAAGGAGGCGUUCUACCAGGAGCUCAUGCGCUAGAAGUUCGAAAACGAAGUCUUCGGUUCAUAAAAUGCUCCAUGAUCCGAGCAUAAAAAUAAGUGCAAAGCUAAAAUAAAAACUGCCACAGCGCUCGAAAUCAAUUCCAAAGUAGAGUCUACGAUGGUAGUAAGCUGUAUGGCGUUGCCAUUUGAUGCGAGAUUGAUAGAUGUUGAACACCGCGUCUAGGCGUCUACACGUCGGAGUACCCUUGUCGCUUGCAUGCAUAGUGUUCAUGAACAGUGGUGUCACUACACGUGCAGCACCUGAGCAGGUGCGGUGGUGUUCUACCAGCAAGAGCUCAUGCACUGCAACAAAUUUCCUUCCCUGUGCCUCUUACUCGUUUCCGUGGUAUUCAUGAAGGGUGGUGUCUGUACGUA